AUGGCGUUGAUUCAGACCGCCCAUGACGCGUGCUCUCGCAAAGUGCACUGCGUCCGCAAAGGCUACCUCAAUGAUCCGUUUGUAUCCUUCUUCGAAAAGGAUCACACAAUCGUGAAUAGCCCAUUGAUGAACCGUGGAACGUGGCUCCGUACCACGGCGUUCGAAAACUGCGUGCGGGGCUUCGCGACCACUGCAGGAGAACCGAUUCAAGUGAUUAACUUUGGCGCAGGAAUGGACACACUCUUCUUUCGCCUAAAGCAUAGCGAUCCGCAGAUUCCUGUGCACAAAUUUGUGGAACUCGACUUUGCUGAGCUGGUCGCCGAAAAGAAAGGCAUCAUCAAACGUCACACUGAGCUGCACUCGCUGGUGGGUUCACAGUACGAACUGGUUUCCUGCGACUUGCGCGACGCUAAGGGUGUUGCGAAGGUGCUGAAGGAGCACCUGCGGGGCGGCACUCCUACUAUCAUGAUUGCGGAGAUGGUGUUCGUGUACAUUGAGGGUUCCGUCACCACGAAUCUAUUGCGAACCAUCAUGAGCGAUGUCAUCGAGGAAAACACAAAGGCUAUGCUUGUCAUCUAUGAUGCGAUUCAGCCCUUCGAUCGGUUUGGCAAGGUGAUGGUGGAAAAUCUGCAGCACUUCGGCGCCGAUUUCAGAGGAAUCUGUGACUUCCCCACGCCUGAGGCACAUGCGCAGCGGUGCACAGAGCUUGGCUUCAAGACGGUCAAGUCCGUCACAAUGAAGAACCUCUAUCUUAGCGUUCCCCGCCAAAUUCAAAUUCGUCUCAACAAGCUGGAAAUGAUUGAUGACUGGGAAGAGUGGAACUUGAUGCAUGAGCACUACUGCUUCGUCGUCGCCUCCACCGACAGCGCGCCGCUACCAAAGCUCUUUUGA